GGCUUCAACAUGGCCACCAUCAAUGAUCAGGCAGUUUUGAAAACUAUUUUCCACCCAAAUGUUCCCUUUGAUGAAGAUUGGCAGGAGGAGCAGGAGAAGCAACAACUAAUCCAAGAAGGCGGCUUUGAUCCUGAGCUGCUGAGGCAAACCACUCAUCUGGAGGCCCAGGGAAUCGCAGCAGCUGAAGGAGGCGACCUGGAGCUGGCCCUGGAAAAGUUUAACCAAGCCAUCCAGCUGCUUCCAGAGCGAGCCUCGGCCUUCAACAACCGUGCACAAGCUCUUCGGCUCCAAGGGGAUGUCGCAAAGGCGCUGGAAGACUUGGAGGCAGCACUGAAGCUCAGCAAAGGGGCCGGCCCGGUAGCCCGCCAAGGCUUUGUCCAACGCGGGCUGAUCCAGCGGUUGCAAGGCCAGGAGGAAGCGGCCCGGAGAAGCUUUGAGCAGGGGGCCGCCCUGGGCAGCGUCUUUGCCCGCCGGCAGCUGGCACUGAUGAACCCUUACGCAGCCCUCUGCAACCAGAUGUUGGCGGAGCUGAUGAGGAAGAAGGAGACCUGUUGA